GUAGUAAUUCGGGCUGAUUCAUUGUAGACGUACAGAAGCUAAGCAGUGGAUUAAAUUCACAUUAUACUGAUAAUAUAAUGGAUCGGCUCCUGAGGCUUGGUGGUGGGAUGCCUGGACUGGGACAGGGUCCCCCCACAGAUGCCCCUGCUGUGGACACGGCCGAACAGGUGUACAUUUCAUCUCUGGCCUUGCUUAAGAUGCUUAAGCACGGUCGUGCUGGUGUGCCCAUGGAGGUUAUGGGGCUCAUGUUGGGAGAAUUUGUGGACGACUACACUGUGCGUGUGAUCGAUGUGUUUGCCAUGCCACAGUCAGGCACAGGUGUGAGUGUGGAAGCUGUGGAUCCUGUUUUUCAAGCAAAGAUGUUGGACAUGUUGAAGCAGACAGGAAGACCAGAGAUGGUGGUGGGCUGGUACCACAGUCACCCUGGGUUCGGCUGCUGGCUGUCUGGAGUGGAUAUUAACACACAGCAGAGCUUUGAGGCUCUGUCUGAAAGAGCCGUGGCCGUGGUGGUGGAUCCUAUUCAGAGCGUCAAAGGAAAGGUUGUGAUUGAUGCAUUCAGACUCAUCAAUGCUAAUAUGAUGGUGUUGGGACAUGAACCACGGCAGACCACUUCUAACCUGGGACACCUUAACAAGCCCUCAAUCCAGGCCCUGAUUCAUGGACUGAACAGACACUAUUACUCCAUCACCAUCAACUACAGGAAGAACGAGCUUGAGCAAAAGAUGCUGUUAAACCUGCAUAAGAAGAGCUGGAUGGAGGGACUGACAUUACAGGACUACAGUGAACACUGCAAACUUAACGAGACCAUCGUAAAGGAGAUGCUUGAACUGGCCAAGAACUACAACAAGGCUGUAGAGGAAGAAGACAAAAUGACUCCUGAACAGCUGGCUAUCAAGAAUGUUGGAAAACAGGAUCCCAAACGGCAUUUGGAAGAGCAUGUGGAUGUACUGAUGACGUCCAAUAUUGUGCAGUGCCUCGCAGCUAUGUUAGAUACUGUUGUGUUCCAGUAAUCCCUUCAUUGUGCAUAAAUAUUCAUAUUUGUUGUGUUUUGUCUUUUUAAGAAAUAAACCUGAACAAAAUCCA